AAAUUGCAAACCGAUAUGGAAAAACUCCAACAGCAAGCUGUUGAUAUCAAAAACUAUCAGAAAGCAUUCAAGGUGGAAAUCUUCAGAUUUGAUCAGCUGGAUGAUGUCGCUUUAGCAAUAAAAUUGAGAAUUCUUCUCUGGGAUAGUUUGGAGGCUUGGAAUGCAAUGAUGGAUAAAUGGUACAAUUGUGACUUUGACGAACUUGAUUCCGAAGAAAUUAGUGUGGAAACGAUUAAGAUGUUAAAAAACGUGACUCAGUUAGAAAAAGGUCUGCCUUCUAAUAAAUUGGUGCCUGUUUUGAAAUAUGAAGUAGAGACUUUUAAGGAAAAGUUGCCUGUGAUUGGAUAUUUGAGAAAUCCGAAUUUGAAAACGCGUCACUGGCUGAGCAUAGAAACAAUUUUGGAGCGCAAAUUUCCACCAGAAGAGUUACUGACUUUGCGCAUGUUAGACGACGCCGGUUGUUUUGAAAAACCUGAUGAACUCAUGGAAAUAUCAGGACAAGCCAGUUCAGAGGCUGGUCUGGAAAUGCUAUUGAAAAAAGUUGAGAAUGCUUGGAAAGAGACAGAAUUGUCCGUUGUGCCUCAUAAAGACAGCAAGGAUGUGUUUAUUUUGGCAGGUUUGGACGAGCUCCAAUUAAUUAUAGACGAAAGCAACAUAAAUAUCAACACAAUUGCUGCCUCUAGACAUGUAGGACCUAUUAAACCAAGAGUAGAUGAGUGGAUGCGUGCCUUAGAUCUAUUUUCAAGAACCUUAGACGAGUGGUACACAUGCCAACAAAGUUGGCUUUACCUGGAGGCCAUAUUUUCGGCCCCUGAUAUUCAAAGACAAUUACCGAAGGAAGCCAAGUUGUUCAUUAUAGUUGACAAAUCGUGGAAGGAAAUUAUGAGAAGAACUCAGAAGACACCUUUGGCAAUGCCAGCGAUGACCAGUCCAGGUGUAUUGGAAACUUUUAAGAAAAAUAAUCAAUUGCUAGAUAUCAUUACCAGAUGUUUAGAAGCAUACUUAGAGGUGAAACGUGUUGCAUUCCCGAGGUUCUACUUUUUAUCCAAUGACGAAUUAUUGGAAAUUCUCGCUCAAACCAAGAAUCCUCACGCUGUUCAACCACAUUUGCGUAAAUGCUUUGAUGCAAUUGCAAAAUUGGAGUUUGGUUCGAAAGCUGCAGAAGAAGGAGAAGAUCCUGCAGCAGCAGCUCAAGUUCUGACCACUGAUAUCAUUGCUAUGAUAUCACCAGAAGAAGAACGAGUACCACUUGGAAAGGGACUGAAAGCUAGAGGAAGUGUGGAGGAUUGGCUUGGUAAGGUGGAAGAAUUUAUGUUUGCCAGUUUGAAACGCAGAAUGAAGGCAGCCUAUAUAGAUUAUGAUGCCAGGGAACGAAUGGAGUGGCUAACAAUGCAUCCGAAUCAGAUUGUAUUGAUAGUAUCCCAAACUAUGUGGGCUAGACACGUCCACAGAGUUUUAGAAUCUACUGGAGAUAGAGUCAAAUUAAUGCAGUUAUUUGAGCAAACAAAUAUCGAUCAAUUAACAUCUAUGGCAGCACUUGCUAGAACAGACAUUUCCAAGUUAUUGAGAAAAAUUCUGUGUGCACUCAUCACCAUUGAUGUACAUGCCAGAGAUAAUAUAUCAAACAUGGUGAAGCAUAGAGUGGCAUCAGCAAACGAUUUCGAAUGGCUCAAAAUGAUGCGUUACUACUGGUUGACUCAAACGGAGACCAUUGAAGCCAGAAUGUCCAGUGCUUGUCUUCCAUACAGUUAUGAAUAUUUGGGUGCAGGUGGUGUACUCGUUAUAACACCUUUGACUGAUCGCUGUUAUUUAUGUUUAAUGGGAGCCCUACAGAUGGAUUUAGGAGGAGCACCUGCUGGACCAGCUGGUACUGGGAAAACGGAGACUACUAAAGAUUUGGCUAAAGCUUUGGCUGUUCAGUGCGUUGUUUUCAACUGUUCUGAGGGCUUGGAUUACAAAAUGAUGGGUCGUUUCUUCAGUGGUCUAGCACAGUCAGGAGCAUGGUGCUGUUUUGAUGAAUUCAAUCGAAUUGAUAUAGAAGUAUUGUCUGUAAUUGCUCAACAACUUGUCACCAUAAGAAAUGCCAAGGUAGCUGGUGUGACCAGAUUUAUGUUUGAAGGAAGGGAGAUCAAGUUGGUUAGAUCUUGUGCUGCUUUCAUCACCAUGAAUCCAGGAUAUGCAGGAAGAACAGAGUUGCCGGAUAAUUUAAAAGCUUUAUUCCGUCCAAUGGCUAUGAUGGUUCCUGACUACGCCUUGAUUGCAGAAGUUAUAUUGUAUUCUGAAGGAUUUGAAGCCUCGAAACCUCUAGCACAAAAAAUGGUGCAAAUGUACAAAUUGUGCAGUGAGCAACUUUCUAUACAAGAUCAUUAUGAUUUUGGUAUGAGAGCAGUCAAGAGUGUGUUGGUAAUGGCAGGUGCAUUAAAGAGAGCAAAUCCAGAUCAGAGAGAAGAUGUCACCUUAAUUUGUGCUCUGAGAGAUACCAAUUUACCAAAAUUCUUGGCUGAUGAUGCAGAAUUGUUCAAAGGAAUUUUGAGCGAUCUGUUCCCUGGUUUAGAAUUGCCGGUGCAGGAACACGGAAGUCUUUUCAAGGCAAUAGUCGAAGUGUUGACUGAAAAUGGUUUCCAACCAGAAGAAUGUAUCAUUCUGAAAAUAAUCCAAUUGCAUGAAACUAUGGUAGUACGUUGGGGUGUUAUGCUUGUUGGACCUACAGGUGGUGGCAAAACGACAGUUCUGCAUGCUUUGGGAAAUGCUCUUACAAGAUUAUAUGAUUGGGAAGAACCAGAUCCAUAUUACAGACCUGUUAAUAAAUUUACGAUGAAUCCAAAAGCUAUACACAUCUCAGAGUUGUAUGGUGAAGUCAAUUCUAUGACUCUGGAGUGGAAAGAUGGGCUCAUGGGAAUUGCUGUCCGACAAGCUUGUUCCAGCACUGAAGAAGCUCAUCAAUGGAUCAUUAACGAUGGUCCAGUAGAUGCAGUAUGGAUUGAAAAUCUGAACACCGUUUUGGACGAUAAUAAAAUGUUGUGUUUGGCAAACUCUGAAAGAAUAAAAUUAACGCCUUGGGUCCACAUGGUGUUUGAAGUUAUGGAUUUGUCUCAGGCAUCUCCAGCUACAGUCUCGAGAUGUGGAAUGGUUUAUAUAGAUCCUGAAAAUCUUGGAUGGCUACCUUAUGUUAAGUCUUGGUCACAAAGAUUGCCAUCAAACGCUCUUCUGCCUGAGCAUAUGAAAUUUUUGAUGGGGCUCUUCACAAAGUUCUUGCCUCCGAUAAUGCAGUAUGUGAGAAAACAUGGCGCGUAUUCAAUUCAUCAGGUUGAUAUCAGCAAGAUCACAAUGUUAUGUUCUCUCAUUGAGACUUUGCUAAAACAAGCAGGACCUGGUCAAGGUUUGGGAGUAGCUGCUGGAGACAAAUCUAAGGCUAGGACUUAUGUCUGCCAAAUUUUUAUUUGGGCAGCCUUGUGGUCAGUUGGUGGUAAUCUGCUACAAGAUUCACGGGAAAAGCUGCAAGACCUUGUGAAGGAAACAUUUCAAGCUGUACCGGAAGCAUAUCUACCUCCUGAUGUUGAUCUUUGGACAGUUUUCAUGGAUCCCAAAAUCCGCAAAUUAUGUGAUUGGGAUUUAAUAGUCGACGAGUUUGAGUAUAAUGCUGAAGUGAAGUUUUUCGAAAUGCUUGUGCCUACAAUAGAUACUGCCAGAUUUGGACAUGUCGCUGCACUUUUGUUAGAAGCCAGAAGGCCAGUAAUGUUUACAGGGGAUACUGGUGUAGGAAAAUCAGUUAUUGCUCGAGAGGUUUUAAACAAAUUGAACGAAGAAUCUAAUGCCAUACCAGCUAUAUUGAACUUCUCAGCUCAGACGAGCAGUUUUCGUACUCAAGAAAUGUUGGAACUCAGAAUGGAGAAAAGAAGAAGGACGCAAAUUGGAGCACCCAUUGGAAAAUAUGUUAUAAUUUUUGUGGACGAUGUGAAUAUGCCGAAGCUGGAAAUAUAUGGUGCUCAACCACCCAUAGAAUUACUCAGGCAAAUUCUGGACUUUGGUGGCCUUUACGAUCGUGAAAAAAUGUUUUGGAAAGAUAUCGUUGACGUGGUGAUAUCUUGCGCAUGUGCUCCUCCUGGUGGUGGACGAAAUCCAUUGACUCCUCGAUUUGUCCGACAUUUUAGUAUGCUGCUGAUUCCUCCUCCUCAAGAAAUAUCCUUAAAAGUCAUUUUUUACUCCAUUCUGAAAGGAUUUUUCGCAGACUUUACAGUACCCAUAAGAGAAUUGGCAGAGCCUCUGGUGGCAGCUGCAGUCGUCAUAUACGAACGAAUAGCAGAGGAAUUGUUGCCUACCCCUGCAAAAUCUCAUUAUGUAUUCAAUUUGAGAGAUUUAUCGAAAUGCGUUCAGGGAAUUUUACAAGCCAAUAGUGAUACCAUACGAGAUCAGCCUCAGAUGAAUCGAUUGUUCUACCAUGAAUGUUUAAGAGUUUUCCAUGACCGUCUAAUAAACGACGAGGAUAAAACUUAUUUCCAUAGUUUGAUGCGCGAAGUUUGUACUCGGUUUUUAGAUACUCCAGUUUUAAAACCUGGAGAACUUUUGCUUUAUGGAGACUUUAUGUACCCUGGCAAGGCUAGAGAGGAGAGGAUUUAUGAAGAAAUUACGAAUCUGGAUAAAUUGCGGAAUAUAUUGACAGAUUUCAUGGACGAUUACAACAUCGUGUACUGCAAGGACGUCCACAUCGACUUCUUCAUCGACGCGAUCGAGCACACUCUGCGACUGACCCGCCUCCUGCGGGCAGAGCGCGGAAACGGGCUGAUGGUCGGAGUCAGCGGCAUGGGCAGGCAGACGUUGACCAGGCUGGCGUCGCAUGUCAACGGAUACAAGUGUAUGCAAAUUGAAUUGACCCGAGGAUACGAUCACAGUUCCUUCCAGGAAGAUUUGCGUGCCUUGUAUUGGAAAGCUGGUGCUGUUGAUGAACCUACGGUGUUUUUGUUUACUGAUACGCAGAUUGUAAAAGAAGAAUUUUUAGAAGAUAUUAACAAUAUACUAAAUUCAGGUGAGGUUCCCAACUUAUUCGAAGCCGACGAGUACGAAAAGGUGAUCAUAGCUUGCAGAGAUGCAACGGUCAAAACUGGUGUCGAUGCCACCAGAGACGCAAUUUACAAUUUCUUCAUCCAACGUGUCAGGGCCAAUUUGCAUUUGGUCAUUUGUAUGAGUCCCGUGGGUGAUGCCUUCAGGCGGAGAUGUCGUAUGUUCCCAUCGCUGGUGAAUUGCUGUACUAUAGAUUGGUAUAUUGCAUGGCCUGAAGAUGCUCUUUUAUCUGUUGCCCAUAGGCAAUUGAAAUAUUUAGAAGAUGAGGAGUUGAUCAAUAAAUUGUCAGAGAUUUGUGUCAUAAUACAUAAGUCUGUUGAAUACAACUCAGAAAAGUUUUAUGAAGAAACUAGAAGGCGGUACUAUACAACACCCAGUAGUUAUUUAGAAUUGCUUACACUUUAUGGAACUUUACUUGGCAAGCGAACUGAGAAAAUUCGUUACAAACGCGAUCGUAUCGCGACUGGUUUAAGAAAAAUCAACGAAACCAACGAAAUAGUUUCCACCAUGGAAGAAGAAUUGCAUCUUUUGGAGCCACAACUUGCAGAAAAAUCUGUUCUUUUGGCAGAACUAAUGAAGCAAUUGGCGGUUGAACAAGCUAAAGGCGAAAAAGUGCGAGUGGUUGUGCGGAAAGACGAAUCGGCAGCUCAGGAAAAAGCAGCAGAAACACAACUGAUUGCCGACGACGCUCAGGCUGACCUGGAUACUGCAAUGCCGGCGCUCUUAGCAGCAGAAGAAGCCUUGAAAUCUUUAAAUAAAAAUGAUAUCAACGAAUUGAGAGUAUUCGUAAAACCUCCAGAACUUGUGCAAGUUGUUAUGGAAGCCGUUUGUAUUCUAUUAAAUCAAAAGCCGGAUUGGGCGACAGCAAAAUUCAUUUUAGGCGACACUCACUUCUUGGAAAGACUACAAGAAUAUGACAAGAAUCAUAUUUCAGAAAAGACGUUGACAAAACUGAAGCCAUACAUACUGAAUAAAGAUUUUAAACCUGAAAUUGUCAUAAAAGUAUCAAAGGUGGCAAAAUCUAUUUGCAUGUGGGUGCGUGCUAUUGAUCAAUAUGCCAAAGUUUAUAAAAUAGUAGAACCAAAGAUGAUGAAAUUGAAUGCUGCUGAAACUGAACUGAACCAGGUUAUGGCUAUUCUUAGAGAGAAGCAACAGCAACUUGCCGAAGUUGAAGCUUAUAUUAAAGGUUUGGAAGAUCAACUGGACGAGAGCCUCCGCGCCCAACAAGCUUUAGAAGCAAACAUUGAACUAUGUGCCAAUAGGCUAUCCCGUGCCGGUAGAUUGACCUCCGCCUUGGCUGAUGAAGAAGUACGUUGGGCUCAAAGUGUUGAAAUUUUAGGCCGUGAAAUUUGGGCCUUGCCUGGAAAUAUUUUAGUAGCUUCAGCAUGUGUGGCAUAUUUGGGCGCAUUCAGUUCUGCUUAUCGGGACAACAUGGUUAAAAUCUGGUCGGACAAAACCAGAGCUCUGAAUGUACCAUCUUCACCAGAAUUUGAUCUUAUAGAAGUGUUGGGAGAUCCAUACGAUAUCAGAAUGUGGAACAUGUAUGGUUUACCUAGAGAUCUUAUGUCUACUGAGAAUGCAAUAAUGUUGACUUCUGCAAGUCGUUGGCCUUUGUUAAUUGAUCCACAAGAACAGGCUAAUAGAUGGAUUCGUAAUAUGGAGAAGGCAAAUAAUUUAAAAGUGAUCAAGUUAACUGAUCCUAAUCUUUUGAGAAUUAUGGAAGCAGCUAUUCGAACUGGCGCUCCUGUAUUGAUUGAAGAAAUUGGGGAAUUUUUGGAUCCGACACUCAGUCCUAUAUUAAAUAGACAAAUAUUUGUACAGAGUGGCAGAGUUCUGAUAAGACUUGGUGAUAGUGAUGUCGACUACGAUAGAAAAUUCAAAUUAUAUAUGACUACCAAGUUGUCCAAUCCUCACUAUUUACCAGAAGUUUGCAUUGUGGUGACUUUGAUAAACUUUAAUGUGACUCCUACUGGAUUAGAAGAUCAAUUAUUGGCAGAUGUGGUGCGUUUGGAACGUCCUGAUUUGGAACAACAAAGAUCAGAAUUGAUCAUUCGAAUAAAUGCUGACAAACAACAAUUGCAAAAUCUGGAAGAUCGAGUGUUGACAUUGUUGUUUACAUCAGGAGGUUGUCUUUUGGAUGAUGAAGCGCUGGUGGAGACUUUGAAUGAGAGCAAGGAAACUUCUGCUAUAAUUGCGGCAAGAUUGAUAGAAACCGAAGCUACUGAAAUAAAAAUUUCUACAGCCCGAGAAAAAUAUCGUCCUUUGGCUGCACGUGGUUCUAUUUUAUACUUUGUGGUUGCACAACUGGGUGAUGUUGACCCUAUGUACCAGUUUUCUUUAAAAUAUUUUAAUCAGGUCAGUGAAAUUACUCCGAAAGUUGAUGAUUUGGAGCAAAGAUUACAAACUCUUAUGGAUGCAGAAAUUUUGGCAAUGUACAUCAAUGUAUCCAGAGGACUAUUUGAAAGACAUAAGAUCAUGUUCAGCUUCUUACUAACCGUGGCAGUACAAAGACAACUUGGUUUUGUAAAAUCGGAAUGGUACGACUUUUUGUUACGUGGCAGUGUUGGUACAUCAGCAGUUCCUUCAAAAAAACCGGAAGUUCCAGCUUUGACCGAUGCCAUCUGGUUGAAUGCUCAUCAUAUAGAACUAACGUUCCCAUUCUUUGCAAACGUUGUCAGAGAUGUAUUGAACAAUAUUGAGAUCGAACUUGGAGACUUUUAUCAUGUCAUAAGCAUACCCGGAGGAACUGGAAAAGCAAGUUACACGAACUGGACUGAUAUUCUGGAUAAUUUCCAAAAAUUAAUGUUGGUACGAGCUCUUCAAGAAGAAAAAUUAGUUUUUGCAAUAACUUCUUAUGUCAGAGUUACUCUUGGUGCUGUUUUUACAGAAAGUCCUACUGUAUCUUUGCAAAGUUUGUAUUCCGACAUGAACAGUGUCACUCCUUUGGUUUUUGUCCUGAGUGCUGGAUCUGAUCCGAUGGCCCAAUUGCAAAGAUUUGCUGUUGAACUCAAUAUGAAAGACAGUCUUGAAAGUAUAUCUUUAGGUCAAGGACAAGGACCUGUUGCUGAAGCCUUGUUGGAUAGAGGCAGAGUCGAAGGAUUGUGGAUUUUUUUGCAGAAUUGCCAUUUAGCGACAUCGUGGAUGCCAGCUUUAGAAAAAAUUGUGCGAGAUUUAGCUCUGGGUGUGGGUCCACCGGUGCACCCUAAUUUCCGACUUUAUUUGAGCUCAAUGCCGGCAAAGACUUUUCCUGUGAGCGUUUUGCAGAAUUCUGUAAAAGUCACCAAUGAGCCCCCGAAAGGAGUCCGAGCCAAUGUGAAGCGAGCUUUGACAGAAAUGACUGAGGAAUAUUUUGAAGAAAAUCCUUUGGAACAAAAGUGGCGAUCCAUGGUUUUUGGAUUAGUACUCUUCCAUGCAAUAAUAUUGGAAAGAAGGAAGUUCGGGCCUUUGGGUUGGAAUAUUACAUACGAAUUCAACGACAGUGAUAGAGAAUGUGCCUUGACGACUCUUCAAAUGUUUUGCUCCCAGGCUGAACCUGGAGUUGUGCCCUGGGACGCUUUGGAGUACAUAACAGGAGAGAUUACUUAUGGAGGUCGCGUGACAGAUGCUUGGGAUCAACGUUGUCUGAAAGUAAUACUAAAACAAUUCUUUUCACCUCCGACGAUUGUGCCAAAAUAUAAAUAUUCGGAAUCCGGAAUAUAUUACUGUCCUCAGUACACAAAACUGGAAGAAUUUAGAGAGUUUGCCAAUCAGUUGCCUUAUGUUGAGCCUCCGGAAGUUUUUGGCAUGCACGAAAAUGCCAACAUAGCAUACCAGAUCAAAGAAACACAAGCAAUGCUGAUGACACUACUGGAAGGACAACCUAUUAAAGCAGGAGCUGGUGCAGGAGCGACAGACGAUUUUGUCUAUAGUAAGGCCCAGGAAGUUAUGGAUAGAAUAUUGCCAAAAGUUGGAGAAGCACGUCCGCACUUUAGUUUAUAUGUGCGUGAUAAAAAAGGCAGAGUUCCAUCGUUGACCACUGUGUUGAUGCAAGAAGUCGACAGAUUUAAUAAACUUUUGAAUCUAAUUCAUUCAAGUUUGAGUAAUCUUCAGAAGGCAAUUAAGGGUUUUGUGGUCAUGUCAGAAGUUCUGAAGGACUUUAUGCUGCAUUUAUUCAACAACUUGAUUCCACAACUCUGGAUGGCAAAAUCUUAUCCCUUAAAAACUCUUGGAAGCUAUGUGCGUGAUUUGGAAUUGCGACUGGAUAUGAUGAGGUAUAAUUUCAUAUUUGCAUUGCUGUUGUAUGGUGCCCCAAACAGUUUUUGGCUAUCAGGUUUCUUUUUCCCGCAAGGUUUUAUGACAGGUGCUUUACAAACUCAUGCCCGAAAACACAGUUUGCCAAAUCGACAAACUAAUAUUCGAUUUCAAAGUUAUGCCAAAUAUUUGUGGAACAAGAAAAUGUUUAUAUAGCACACAAACACGG